CUGUUUUUCGGGUUGAUGACGACAUGACUUGUCUGAAAAGAGGAAAAGCGACAUAACAAGGCUUCACCUGAACCUGACUCCAAACCAGAAAACAAACCCAGAGACAUUUAAAGGCAAAUCACCCAACCCUCAAAGAGCGAGAGUUGUCUGUUUUGGGUGGGCCUUUGUGGAAUCCACCCCUCUUUCCUCCACCCCUUUCUCUUCCUCCCCUCCUCUCCCUCUUUUUCUGCCUUUCUCCCUUCCGCUACGGUCCAUCCUCUGAAGCCCCCUCCUCCGCUCUGCACCCCUCCCUCAGCGGUGCUCCGUCGCCCUGGGUGAGCGGGAAGGGGGGUGGCCCACGGUACCCCCCGACACCUGGGCGCCACCGAGCCGCCAGAGGCUGGUGAGGCGGCGGCAGGGUCAGCGCUGGGAAGAUGGCCGCUCUCGCCAGCUCCCUCAUUCGCCAGCGCAGGGAGGUCAAGGACCCCCAAGCAAACCGGCAGAUCGCCAGCAAGCGCAAGCCAUGCCCAAAGAGCAACAAGUCGCUCUGCCAGAAGCAGAUCCUCAUAUUAAUAUCCAAGGUUCGACUAUGUGGCAGUCGAGGGAGAAAAAUGGAGAAAAGACCAGAAAUGCCCUCUGAAAUUCCUAAAAAUACAAGGAAGGGGUUCUUUCUUGAGCCCCAGCUGAAGGGCAUCGUCACGCGGCUCUACUGCAGACACGGGUUCUACCUCCAGAUGCUGCCGGAUGGCACCAUGGAAGGCACAAAGGACGAAAGCAGCUCCUUCUUGCAGUUCAACUUGAUUCCUGUGGGUCUCAGGAUAGUGGCCAUCCAGAGCACCAAGACAGGGCUCUAUGUCGCCAUGAACAGCGAGGGCUACCUCUACACUUCGGAACACUUCACGCCAGAGUGCAAGUUUAAGGAGUGCGUGUUCGAGAACUACUACGUGACCUACUCGUCCAUCCUGUACAGACAGACCCAGUCGGGCCGAGCGUGGUACAUCGGCAUCAACCGGGACGGACAGGUGAUGAAGGGGAACCGCGUCAAGAAGACCAAGGGAGCUGCACACUUCCUGCCCAAACUCAUCGAAGUGGCCAUGUACAGGGAGCCCUCUCUACACGACGUCGCUGAGCAGAGUCCGCCCAGGAAAACGCCGAAGACCUCCAGUGACUCACCCGUACUUCAGAACGGCAAGAAAGACCCUCAAUCCAAAACCAAAACAUCCUCCUCCUAGCGCUCAGAGACACGGGAGGUGGUGCUGGUGGUGGUGGGUGGGGUGGUCGGGGUGCAGCGCACAGGCUACUGGGCACCGGCGGAAACCCGAAAAGGGUUGUUAUUGCUACCCCACCCUCCACCACCCCUACUGCCUGCAACACUGACCCCCAUGAAAACUCUGCAUACCACAAUGCACCAGUGUAACGUUGAAGAAAAAGGAUCAGGCCUGGGUAGAGUGCAGCUGGCCAAUGGGAAGCCCCCAUUUACCCUCACAGACCCCCACCCUCCACACCAGCGCGCCACCUUCUUAUGUAAUAACUUCCAUGAUUAUCCGAGCCUGGGACACAAAAGCAAUAACUCCACAAAGAGGUGGACGGUCGCCGAGCAUCGUAAAGCAUGUCACCGCGGCGUGUUUAACCAGCUGCGAGGAAAUCCCACACA